AUGGACGAUCGGAGGAAGAAGCUUGAGGCGCUGGCGCAAGCUCGCCGAGCCGGAAUCCCGCCAGCUGCAGCUCCGACGUCGGGCGCGGUCGGCAACCGGAAGGAGGGCCGUUCCAGCUCCGGCAAGAACGGGGGAGAUCGAGCGAGCAAGCCAGACAAGAAACAUCAUUCGGGGGGGAAGGGCAAGGAGGCAAAGAAGCCAAAACGAAAGGGGUCGGAUUACGAGGACGACGACGAUGAGGAAAGCGAGGGGUUUGACGGGAGCGAGGAGGAGGAGGAGGAGGAGGAGGAGGAGGAGGAGGAGGAGGAGGAGGAGGAGCGGAGGCCGAAAAAGAGUGCGAAGCCUGUCAAGAAACCGAGCAAGCCGGCCCAAAGGAAAAAAUCGAAACGAGGCAGCGAAAGCGACGAGGACGACGAGGAGGACGAGGCGAGCGAUCAGAGCGAGGACGAGCGGCUUAAGAAGAAGAAGCGCGGAAGCGGAGGCGGAGGCGGGGGGGGAGGGAAGAAACGGCGCGGGGAUGACGAUGACGAGGACGAUGAUCCGGAUCGCACAGCGAGUGAAGGCCUCUGGAAAGGAGUGCUGCAAACCAUCCUCCUCUUCCUCUUCCCCUUCCACAGCAACAACGGUUCUAGAUCCUGCUGCACCUGGGUCCCUCUUCUCAUGCACCCUCUUCUUCUCUCUCUCUGCCUGAACCAACAACCCAUCCGUCCCUUCUUUAUCUUCCCCUUUUUCGAGAACAACAGCGGCUCUAGACCCUGCAGCACCUGGGUUCCUCCUAGCAUGCACUCUCUCCUUCUCCCUCUUUGCCUGAACCACCAGCCCAUCCUUCCUUUCUUUAUCUCCCCCUUCCACAGCAACAACGGCUCUAUACCCUGCUACACCUGGGUCCCUCUUCUCAUGCACCUUCCCCUUCUUCUUUUCCUCCCGAACCAGCAACCCAUCCUUCCCCUUCUCAUCUCCCCCUUCCACAGCAACACUAGCUCUCGACCCUGCUGCACCAUGCGGGCCAUUUACCUUGUUCUUCUUUCCCUUCACCUGUGCUCUAUGAGGAUGAUUGUAACGGGGGAAGAGGAGGGUAUGGCGGUGGGGGGGACACGAGCGAUGGGGGGAAAGCUGGGGAGGUCUCAGGAGGAGGGGGAGGAGGAAGAAGUUCGGGUGGUGGGGGAAAUUCGGGGGGAUAUGUCCAAGGGGGAGGGGGGGCAUCAGGGGGCCAAGUCCAGGGGGGAGGGGGAGCUUCGGGGGGCCAAGUCCAAGGAGGGGGAGGAGCUUGGGGGGGCCACGUCCAGGGGGGAGGCGGGGCAUCAGGGGGCCAAGUCCAAGGGGGAGGGGGAGCAUCAGGGGGCCAAGUCCAAGGGGGAGGGGGAGCAUCAGGGGGCCAAGUCCAAGGGGGAGGGGGAGCAUCAGGGGGCCAAGUCCAAGGGGGAGGGGGAGCAUCAGGGGGCCAAGUCCAAGGGGGAGGGGGAGCAUCAGGGGGCCAAGUCCAAGGAGGGGGAGGAGCUUGGGGGGGCCACGUCCAGGGGGGAGGCGGGGCAUCAGGGGGCCAAGUCCAAGGAGGAGGGGGAGCUUUAG